AUGUUUGAUGUGUCGGACGGGCUGCUGGAGGUAGUGGGUCCGGAGGGGGCCAUGGAGAUGGGUCAAAUCUACACCGGGCUGAAGAGUGCUGGGAGACGCCUGGCCCGGUGCUCCUCCGUCACCAUCAGAACUAGCAAAUCUCUUCCAAUGCAGAUCGACGGAGAGCCCUGGAUGCAGACGCCUUGCACCAUCGAGAUUGUUCACAAGAGCCAGGCACCGAUGCUGAUGGGACCCGCUCACAUCCACAGCUUCUUCUCCUCCAUCCUGCAUCAGCUGCAGUGA